UUUUUUACUCCAGUACAACCGGUGGGGUGGAAACGCCACUGAUCUAUCCGUUGAUUUCACAGGAACAGCCGACAGAUUGACCUAGUACGAUAGCAGCUACUGUCGACCCGUUUUAUCAAUUUGUCAGUUAAACUAGACUAUUCGCAACAAAAUGGGCGAUCGGGAGGAUUUAGUAUAUCAGGCAAAACUCGCCGAGCAGGCUGAGAGAUAUGACGAAAUGGUGGAGUCCAUGAAGAGAGUGGCCGGGUUGGAUGUGGAACUAACAGUCGAGGAGCGAAAUCUACUAUCAGUGGCCUACAAAAAUGUAAUUGGGGCGAGGAGAGCAUCAUGGAGGAUAAUCAGCAGUAUUGAACAAAGGGAAGAGAACAAAGGUGGAGAAGACAAAUUGAAAAUGAUCCGGGAAUACAGGCAAACUGUUGAGAACGAGCUGAAGUCAAUCUGUAAUGACAUUCUGGAUGUACUGGACAAGCACCUUAUUCCAGCUGCCAACACGGGAGAGUCCAAGGUCUUUUACUACAAAAUGAAAGGCGAUUACCACAGGUAUCUGGCCGAGUUUGCCACCGGGAACGACAGGAAGGAGGCUGCAGAGAACAGUUUGGUCGCCUACAAAGCUGCUAGCGACAUCGCCAUGAUCGAACUGCCACCUACACACCCCAUUCGCCUAGGCCUCGCUCUUAACUUCUCCGUAUUCUACUAUGAAAUCCUCAAUUCACCCGACCGCGCGUGCAGGUUGGCGAAGGCUGCGUUCGAUGAUGCCAUCGCAGAGCUGGACACGUUGAGUGAAGAAAGCUACAAGGACUCCACACUUAUCAUGCAGUUGUUACGUGACAACCUGACACUAUGGACUUCAGACAUGCAGGGAGAUGAGUCCUAAAGGAACAAAACAGCUGUUCAUUUCCCAUAAUCUGUACUUUCAGGUGAAGAACAGAACAAAGAGGCGCUGCAAGAUGUGGAGGACGAGCCCCAGUGAGACAUCACAGCCAGCUUGAGACCCCCCCAGUGGCCCAAGUGACAGUGGCUCUCCUCAGCAGCUCUAACACCUCAUGGUCUUAGAGAUAAUCAGUUUAUUUUUUAUUUUUUUUAUAGCCCUUUAAUUCAAUUCAAAUAUAAAUACCACUUAAUUGAGACAAUAAAUACAAUUUUGGAAAGGCAAAGAGUCCCUGGAUUAUUGUAUUUUUCUUGGUACACGCGGUUCUGAAAAUUAUUUUUCGUUGUUUUGUUUUUGCUCUUUCCUCAUUAUUUUAUCAGUUGCUGGAUGUAUUUAGAGACAUUUUUUUCUUAAUGUAAUUACAGAAAUUAACUUUUAUUACUGAUAGUUUUAUUAGUUGUGGGAGCUGUAAUAUUUCUGUGUUAGUGAAAGAGAUGCAAAUCAUUAAACAUUUGAAGGGCAAGUCUAAACAAAGUGCUUUUGUUAACUUUAGUUUUUCAGAGGAAGUUGGCAAAAUUCUUGAUAUCCAUGUGGCGCAAAAUGCUUAACUUUUACAUCAUAGUGAUUCUAUUGUAAUGUUUUGGAUUGUACUUUGUGCUGAAAUACUGUAUUGCGCAUACUUGCUGAUUUCAGAUGGUGGCUGGUAGUGGUUUUAAAAAUCCAAGGGAGCGCUGUUGCGUUUAGUAAAAGACCGCUCUUGAUUGGCUUCUGUUGAAAGAUGACAGCGUUCUAAAUAGAUGAUUUAAAACCUGCAUGAGUUAAUGAAUAGUUAUUUUUCAGCCUCUUUCCCCUCCUUUAUAUAGCUCCUAAAGUUUUUCUUUCCUUUUCGCUUCAUUAUGUGUAAUUUAAAGCUAAUUUGUACUACUGGAUAUCUGACUGGAGCCACAGAGCGUCUCCUAUUGUUCUUUCUGAAACACAGCAUGGAAUUAACAUUAAACAAUCUAAAUUAAACAUA